AUGGGAAGCGUGAGGUGCGUGGCCGUGCAACAUCGGGAGGAUAAUAUACGAGCGUGGCGCGAGUCUGUGCGCAAACUUGAUGUAGAGACCUCUCUUGAAAAGUGGCUGUCCUUGCUGGUACCACCGGCAGUUUCUGUCAUGAUUUACAGGGAACCCUCUUCCAAACUCUUUGGAACUCUUCAUUAUUGGAGGAAGAAAAGCUACACCAGGCGUAAUACCAUACCAGUCUGUGUUCUAUUUUCUUAUUUGAGCCGCGAGGGCAAAUUAGGUAAAUGUGCCAGCAAUGCUGCGAAGUCGCGAUUAAGGACGCGCGAGCGGAAGCGCAAUGAUAUAUAUUUCGAGCUGUCACAAAUAAUAUUUAUUUCUCAGGUGUCUCUACAGCAGGUCAUAGAUCAAAACAACUUCUGUGGUGGUGUUAUACUUAAUGAAUAUUACAUACUGACCUGCGCUCACUGUAUAUUCGAAAUGGACAUCAGUCUUUUUACGGUAGUUGUGGGAACAACCGAUUUACGAUUACCAUACGCAAGGUACUUCCCCGAGUCCAGCUACAUUCAUGAACGGUACAAUGUUUCAGACUCGUUGAUCAACGAUAUCGCUACAAUUAAGGUGAAAACUCCGUUCGUAUUUUCUUCCCUGGUAUCUCCCGUCGUAUUACCGCAGCAAGAUGAAAUCGUUAAGGCCGGUGCGACAGCAGUUGUAUCGGGAUACGGCAGAAUAAAGCUUAAUGGAGAGAGGACCAAAGGAUUACACAUUGCAAGCGUUACGAUAACCGAUCAAGCUAACUGUAAAGCUAUAUACAAGAGGGGACGGAAAAUCAUAUACGACACGCAAAUCUGUACAAAUGAGCCUACUGUGGUGAAGGGUUCGUGUUUGGGUGAUUCCGGCGGACCUUUGACGGUCGAUGGGAAGCUCGUAGGGCUCAUCUCGUGGUCAGUAAGUUGUGGUAACACCAGAUUCCCUACUAUAUAUACGCGCGUUUCAUCGUACAUCAAUUGGAUUUCAGAACACACCAUGUAACUUAAAAUAACUAACGUAACAGCUAAAAUUAAUAUUUUAAUGAGAUACGCGGAAAUCGCAUGUAAUGAGCAUCAUGUAAGGUGAGGCACUUGAAAUUGCUAUCUAAAAUAACUUAACGAAUAUCGAUGUCACAGAAAAAUUUUUUAGAUAAAAAGUAAAUGAUUUUGAAGGAAAGCGGAACUGUAUUUAUGUCAUCUAA